UAAAUCAUGAGAUUGAUACAAAUUGCUGUUUUUAUUCUUUAAUAAUCUAAGCUCUAUAAUUCAAAAGCUGACUGACCUGAACUCCUCAAAACGGAUUUUAUUUUAGUACUUUCCUAGAAGAGACAAGUGUGGAGUUUCCAUCGAUAUCAUUCUGCAGAACCUUUAAACACCCAACCCCCGGCUUUCUUGAUUUGAUUGAUGAUAGUUCAGAAAACUCAAUCAAGAGCUGGGCUCUCAAUAAUACUUUUCAUGUAGAAGAGUUGUUUACUUUUGUUAAUCAUGCUGGAGAGGAGACAGGAUUUGAAUGUAACUCUAUUGAUGGUCCACUUCUGAAAGGGCAGCCGUGUGUGUUUCCUUUCAUUUGGGGUGAUUGCUCACUGAUUCAUCCUAGCAGCCAUGACCACAGCUUUUACUGUACGUCAUUUGACCAAGUAGACCCUGUAGAGGUUUAUCAUGCUUGUACAACAAAAAAUGAUGUUCGACCUUGGUGUGCAACAAUGGUAUUUAAAAAUCAAUCAAUGGUUCCCUAUCACUAUGGAUAUUGUGCUCCAGGCUGCAAUGGAUCUUUACCAAAAUUUGAAAAUUCGAAGAACUUGGCAAAUCUUUUAUUUCGACAUCUUUGGAAGGAAAGCAUAUUUCACUUGGAUCCCUGGAAGGCUGGACACUGUCAUACAUAUACUCCUAAAAAUCAAUAUACCAGUGGAGAACUAGGAAGUUUUUAUGCUUAUCUUGGAAAUGACAUAGAAAAGGGGGAAACUGUGUUAAACCGUAGAGCAACUGAUAUAUACUUACAUUCUUCAAAGAGUUUUUGGUUGGCCAGUAGUGGAAUACCUAGUGGACAAAGCAGCGUAAUCAAGCUUGAUCCAAAGAAAAAGAUAAAAGUUACCUUUGAGAAAACCAUAGAAACCAGAAUAUCAGGCUCUGAUUCUUGUAAUGAAGAUCCUGAUUAUAGUUUGACUAGGUGCAUUACUAGCUAUAUAAAUACCAAAACUGGAUGUGAGCUUGAUUGGUUUGCAUCAUCUGAACAUACCUUUCCAGCUUGUAAAACUAUUGCUGAAAUAAAGAUGAUGGCAGAAAUAAUGGCUAAAUUGGAAUAUAGUGCUUAUGCAGAAACCAGGCUUUUGACAGGUUGCCUUGUUCCUUGUACACGUGAGAUCUGGGUGACUGAGGUUGAGGAGGAAAACAUUUACUGGAAAACUUCCAAUUGGUCAUCUGAGUUUGUUUUACAAGCCAAGUCUGGAAGAACAGAGCGGUUGAUUGAAACAUUUGUUUUUGAUAUCUGGGACCUAGUGAAUGGAGUUGGAGGCCUGCUAGGACUACUCUUGGGGGUUUCAGCUCUCUCUCUCUCGGAGAUAUUACUUGAUACCAUUAUCAAUAAAUUUGGAUAAAAUA